CACUCGCUCGCUCCUCCAUCAAAUACCACACACUCUUGUUCUAAAAUUAAAAAAAGAAAAAGAAAAACCACACACUCUCUCUCUUCAUGCGAAAUAGAGAGAUGGUCACUAAGGAGAAGAUUUUGCUGUUUUCUCUGGCUGUUUUAGGACAGCUGACCGUUUCAUUUGCAGUCAAAGAAGACAGACUUUUGAAUCCAGCCAAGUUGAAAAUGUUUGUGGAUGAGCUUCCAGACAUGCCCAAAAUCCAUGGCUUUGAUAUGGUUUCUGGGGUUCCCAAAUCCAAGUCACUCAAGAUUGGCAUGUUCAAGAAGAAGUGGAAAUUCCACAAAGAUCUUCCACCAACACCGGUGUUUGCCUAUGGUACAUCCAAGCACACGGCAACAGUUCCUGGUCCAACAAUCGAGGCCCUUCAUGGAGUUGACACUUAUGUGACGUGGCGAAAUCACCUCCCUAAAAAGCACAUACUGCCUUGGGACCCCACGAUCCCCACUGCCAUGCCAGAGAAGGGCAUUCCUACGGUGGUUCACCUUCACGGUGGAAUCGAUGAACCCGAGAGUGAUGGGAACUCAAAUGCAUGGUUCACUGCUAAAUUUAAAUCAAGAGGGCCCAUGUGGACGAAGAAAAAAUAUCAUUAUCACAAUAAUCAGCACCCGGGAAAUUUAUGGUACCAUGAUCAUGCCAUGGGAUUAACUAGAGUCAAUCUUCUAGCUGGCUUAAUUGGGGCCUACAUAAUUCGUCAACCUAAUGUUGAGGCCCCACUUGGACUCCCAUAUGGCAGUGAGUUUGAUCGACCGUUGCUUGUAUUUGAUCGUGGCUUUCAUACUGAUGGUUCCAUAUACAUGAAUUCCACUGGAAAUAAUCCCUCCAUUCACCCCCAAUGGCAACCUGAAUAUUUUGGUGACGCUAUCAUAGUAAAUGGCAAAGCUUGGCCACGUAUGACGGUACGACGCCGUAAGUAUAGAUUUCGUAUUAUCAAUGCAAGCAAUGCUAGAUUUUUUAGGUUCUUUUUUACCAACGGCUUGAGAUUCAUCCUCGUGGGAUCUGAUUCUGCUUAUCUUAAUAAACCCGUGGUGACCAAUGAUAUUUUAUUGGCUCCCUCUGAGAUUGCUGACGUGGUUGUUGACUUUUCAAAGUCAAAGAAUGAAACUGUAAUUCUAGCCAAUGAUGCACCCUAUCCUUACCCAUCUGGUGACCCAGUCAACGAAGCUAAUAGCAAGGUUUUGAAGUUUAUCAUCAAUGGGCACCACGAGCUUGACACGUGGCGAGUACCCAAGAAGUUGAUGAAAUACCCAAGUCCUGAUCUAUCUAGUGUGUCGCACACACGAUACAUUGCUAUGUACGAGUACACAAGUGACAUUGAUGAGCCAACUCAUCUAUAUUUGAAUGGGAAACCUUAUGAGGCCCCAGUGAGUGAGACACCUAAAGUGGGGGCCACAGAGAUUUGGAAUAUAAUCAAUCUAACGGAGGAUAAUCAUCCUUUGCAUAUUCAUCUAGGGUUGUUUAAGACGUUGGAUCAAACGGCGUUGGUGAAAGAGGAAGAGUUCAAAAAUUGCAUGACGAAAAUCAACGAUGCGAUCAAGUGCCAAAUAAGCAAGCAUGCACGUGGCAAAAAGAUAGAGGUGCCGGCCUAUGAGAAGGGGUGGAAGAACGUGUACAAGAUGAAAAACGGAACUGUGACAAAGAUUCUAGUGAGGUUUUCUUACAUACACUCAAAUGAAUCAUAUGCUUUUGAUGCAACUUCAGAGCCUGGCUACGUAUAUCAUUGCCAUAUCUUGGAUCAUGAAGACAAUGCGAUGAUGAGGCCCUUGAAAUUCUUCAAAUAAACUUGCAGAACUUGGGUUAUGAAGACAAUGAUUAUAAUUCACGGCUGUGAAGUGUGAAUAAUCAAUGUAUAACUAAUCCCGUUUCAUGGUUGUGACGCUUGAGAAGAUUAGAAAAAAAAAUAGGGGUUCAUAAUUGGUUUUGCUCGGGAAUUAUUUGUAUAUGCAUAAUCUUUUUAUGAAAGGGAAUUAUUUGUAUUGAUUACCAAACAUUUUUAGGAAAUAGAAGAUAGUGAAGCUUAAAUUGGGAA